AUGCGCUCUCGGGAGACCACACAACUGUUCCUCAUCUCAACGAAGGCUUUGGCCAACCGAGAGAUGCGCACUUGCAAGGCGGAACGGGAUCGCGCUUUUGCUGAGCUUGUGUACGGAAGGUUGUUCACCCGCACAGGUGGGAUCGUUCGGACCUGGACGGCUAUCAUCGCCAACAUCAAGCGCCUCUUGUUCUUGAUGCCACAUAUUGUGCAUGGCGCGGACGAUAACGAUAUUUCCAUUUGCCUGCGAUCGUACGACAUUGUUCAGCAAGGAGCGGUGGAGAGGGCCGCCCGUCAACAUCUGUUGGAAGCGAACAUGAACCGCAUGGCCAUCGUGACGAGGUUCAUCGGCCAGAUGGCCCUCAAGCGUCGGCGCAAUAGAGCGGUGAAGAUUCUCAUCGGGGCUCUGAGCGCGUUCACCAGCUCGAGCGCCAUCGGCCGCUACGCGCAAAGGGUCAACUGGGGUACUCGACACCUCCAGGCCGUGGUGAGACGGCGCAUGGCCUGCAUGACGUCCCACCUUACACUUCUCAAUCGGCACUGGGACCGCCUCUACCCUCCUGUUCCGUUGCCGCUGAUGACAACGGGGAUGCCGCUUAGACCGCCAUCCGAAGCUUCACUGCCCCCGUCACAACCUGGAACAGCAAAGACAACCCCGGCAACAUCGACAUCGCCGAGCAGCAACAAGCGCCCAAAUCGCCGAAAAGGCGCCGGGGGGCAGGGGGGGCCCAAGAAAGGAAGAACCCGUCCGAAGCGCCAGAAGAGCGUCGUAGGUCGAAAAAAGCAGUUCCAAAAUGAUGCUGGUGGUGGUGGUGGCCAGGGUUCCGCAGGUGCAACACAUGCGUCGACGGUGCCAGAGACGGCUGAAAGCAAUAGUGCGCCCCGCGAGACCGCGCCGCAACGUAGGAGGCCCCCUGUGUACGUCUCAAGCGAGGCGAAGCAUAGAGAAAUAUUUUCAUGGUUACAGAGGACGAGGGCAAAGCAUUGCAGGGACAUCAUCAACUACGAGCGUUUCACGCCUUUUUCUUCCCUCGAACUUCCACUGAAUCUGAAACGCACCAAGAUAUUCCCAUGUAUGGUGGAGCUGCUGCUGCAGCACGAGCGAAGGACGUAUGGCACCCGCCUACAAGCCGUCAGGCACGUAAUCACCCUCCGAAGCUUCGGGCGGCUGUCUCGAGUCUGGACGGAAGGCGGGUACUUCGCCAAGAUGUCGCACGCCUUGCCCCCCCCGCCUCGUAUGCCGAGGGUGUUCACGCCGGAGGAGGGUGACGAGAUGUUCGACCGCGCGGCUUCCAGGUGA